UAAAAUUUGCUCCCGACACCACACCGUUUCGCCUUCCCCAACUCCACUCCAGUGAGACGGAGACUCGAUGCCACCCAUGGCUCUCGCCACCUCCCACCGCUACUGCUGCGUCCCCUCCGCCUCUUCCGCCGCCGCGGCCUCCCGGCCGCCGCCUGGGUUCCUCCGCGUCCGCGCAUCUCCUCCUCCUCAGCUCGUGACCGCACGGAGAAUUUGUUGCCAAUCUAUCAACUCAGUUAAUGUGUUGGGAGCUUCUUCAAAGACAUCUGAUGAGGGAGUCCCAGUGCCAGUUGUCCUGAUAGAUCAAGAAUCAGACCGUGAUGCAACCAUUGUGCAGCUGAGUUUUGGAGACCGCUUGGGGUCACUACUUGACACGAUGUCGGCACUCAAGGACCUGGGCCUUGAUGUCACGAAAGGAAAUGUGACAACUGACUCAGCUGUCACACAAACAAAGUUCCACAUCAUGCGAUUGGGACGCAAGGUUGAGGACCCUGACAUGUUAGAAAAGAUACGGCUAACCAUCAUUAACAACCUUCUGCAGUACCAUCCUGAAUCCAGUGAGAACUUAGCAAUGGGUGAAUUUUUUGGGAUAAAAGCUCCUGAGAAGAAGGUUGAUAUUGAUAUUGCAACACAUGUGCUUGUUGAAGAUGAUGGACCAAAAAGAAGCAUGCUUUACAUAGAGACAGCUGAUCGGCCUGGCCUACUUCUGGAAAUAAUCAGGAUCAUCGCUGACACAAACAUUGACGUGGAAUCAGCUGAGAUUGAUACUGAAGGUUUGGUUGUCAAGGACAAGUUCCAUGUGAGUUACAGAGGCGCAAAACUAAACAGCUCUUUAUCUCAGGUGCUGAUCAAUUCUGUGCGGUAUUACCUCCGAAGGCCUGAGACAGAUGAAGACAGCUAUUGAUUGUUGCUUUAAAAUCAGAAACUACAAACUCUGGCUUGAGUUCCUUUUCUAUGAGGCCCUUGUACUGUUGCAAAUGAAAUUUCCAUUGUACCUGACAAAAUGCGGCUCAUCUGUUUCCUAAAUGCAUCCGUAGAUACAUAGAUUGCAUUGAAAUUGGGCUCACUGAAGAAAUGUUUUGUGGUCAGACUGCUGGGAGCUUCAGGCUUAGGUUUCAAUUGCCUUCAUCUCAUUUGACUCUAUUGUAAUUUGGUCUGAUCCAUUUGCGUGUAAAACUCGGUUAUGAUAUCCUCUGUGAUGAAAUAAAAGGGCAUCGGCAAAUUACAAGGAUUA